AUGGAUUAUCUUGUUAUUCUUGGUUUAUUUCUAUCUUACUUUCUUAUCCAACCCAUAUUAUUGGUUUUUGGGUUUGGCAAACCCAAAAACUUACCACCAGGCCCGACCCGAUUACCUAUCAUUGGAAACCUUCACUUGCUUGGUGACAAACCACACCAAUCCCUAACCAAACUAGCCAAAAUCCAUGGCCCUAUAAUGUCCUUAAAACUUGGUCACAUCACUACGGUAGUCAUAUCAUCGGCUGCAGCAGCUAAAGAAGUCCUCCAAAAGCAAGAUUUUGAUUUCUCUAGUCGUUAUAUCCCCGAUGCCCUAAAUGCGCGUAACCACUCUGACUACUCUGUUUCUUGGCUCCCUGUUGGUACCCAGUGGCGAACCUUACGUAAAAUCCUUAGCACCAACAUUUUUGCCAAUAAUUCCCUUUAUUCUAACCAGCACUUAAGGAGCCAAAAAGUGCAUGAGCUCAUGGCAUAUUGCAAGAAAGCUAGCCAAGCUAAUGAGUCAGUUGAUAUUGGUCGAGCUGCUUUUAGAACCACUAUGAAUCUCUUAUCCAACACAGUUUUCUCCAAAGAUCUAACAGACCCGUAUGAGGAUUCGGGUAAAGAAUUUAAAGAAGUCGUUGGAAACAUCAUGGUGGAAGCAGGUAAACCAAAUCUAGUUGAUUUUUUUCCAGUAUUAAAAAAGAUUGACCCGCAAAAGAUUAGGACAAGAAUGAGUCAUCAUUUUGGGAAAGUUCUUGAGAUGUUUGAGCACUUGAUUAAUGAGAGAUUAGGAAUGGGUGAAUCAAACCAAAAGGAUGUAUUGGAUGUAUGUCUGAAAAUAAAUCAAGAAAACCCAGAUGAGAUUAAUCAUGCACACAUCAAGAGCUUGUUUUUGGAUUUGUUUGCCGCCGGUACCGAUACAACUUCAAACACGUUAGAAUGGGCAAUGACAGAAUUACUAUGCAACCCACUAGUUAUGGAGAAGGCCAAAUUGGAGAUUGCAGAAGUUAUCGGUAAAGGUAAAAUCGUAAAAGAGGAUGAUGUCUUGAGCCUACCUUAUUUAUCAUGCAUUGUGAAGGAGACCUUACGAAUGCAUCCUCCGGUACCUCUCUUGCUUCCUCGAAAAGUUGAGAAUGAAGUAAAUCUCAGUGGAUACACCAUUCCAAAAGGCACACAAGUGCUUGUGAAUGCAUAUGCCAUAGGAAGAGACCCAACCAUUUGGGAAGACUCACUAGAGUUCAAUCCAGAAAGAUUCAUGGUAUCUAAACUUGAUAUCCGAGGUCAAGAUUUUGAGCUAAUCCCGUUUGGUGCUGGAAGAAGAAUAUGCCCUGGUUUGCCACUUGCAAUGCGUAUGCUACCUGUCAUGUUAGGCUCGUUAUUGAAUAACUUUGAUUGGUAUAUAGAUACGAAAACUAUAUGUAAGGAACUGGAUAUGACCGAGAAGUUUGGAAUCACCAUACAAAAGUCAAUCCCUCUUUGUGUUGUUCCUGUACCACUAGAUUGGUAG